CGCGAUGCCUUCCUCCCAGGUCUCCUCCACCCCCUCCGUCGUCGACAUCAGCGACACCGACAGUGACGACGCCGCCGCGGCCGCCCUCUCGAGGCCCGUCGCCGACCGCGUCGCCUCGUCUCUCCUCACCCAGGACGCAGUCGACGCCCUCUGCAGGAAGCACGGCGUGCCGACGGGCUACACCGCGCGCCCCGCCGGCGACCGGCGCGCCAGCACCCCGCCGCCGGAGCGGGCCGUGUGCAUGUACGCGCACGCGCUGGAGGCCGGGGCGCGCGUCCCGCUGCAUGGCUUCUUCUCCGAGGCGCUCACCCACUUCGGCAUCGCGCCGGGCCAGCUCGCGCCCAGCGGCUGGCGCGUCCUCGUCGGGUUCGUGGUGCUCUGCCACGACGCUGGCGUGCAGCCAUCGACGGACGUGUUCCGCCACUUUUUCUCGCUGGCCGCGUUCAAGCUCAAGGGUUGGUACUGCUUCCGAACAAAGGACGCCGUCGGCGCGCUCUUCACUGGGCUUUCGAAACCCGAUGAGGCGUGGAAGGGCAGGUUCUUCUUCCUGACAUCGCCGGAGCCAUGGCCGUGCCCCGUGCGCUGGGGCGAGCCGCUGCUGUGCAAGAACUCCGUCGCUGAUCCGGUGCUCACAGGCCAGCAAAAGAAAAUCGUGGGAAAGCUACUGAGCGCACACGGCACCAUGGUUGACCUCCGGACAUACCUCGGUGAUGCCAAAAAACUUGCCGCGGCAUUCGCCUCGCCAUCGCCACCCGUUCCUUCCCAUGACAUCAAAGGCAUGGAUUCGUCCGUGGCGAAGGUGAAACUCGAGCGGGACGGUGACACACCGACGGUGUCCCUGAAAAAAAGGAAACGCGAGGAGGCCGCCAGUGCAAAAGACGGUCUCUGCCGUUCUGAGCAGAGCACGCCGCAUGCUGCCCCGCCAGAUUUCGACCCGAAGCCGCCGCACUCGCCCGCGCCCGACGUACACGACGGCGACAGCGCCGACUGGCAGGCCGCGAAGAAGGUGCUAGAGUCCAUCACCACGCCGUCGCGGGCGCAAUCGUUCGCCGCGGCAAAGCCGUCCGACGUCGUCGCUUCGAGCUACUCAGCCAUGCUCCAGGUAUGCAGCAGCCAAAUCGUCCAUCGUUAAGUCCAUGCCAUUUAUCU